AUGUUCUCUAAGACUCCCCCCGAGAGUGAAGGCUUGUCUGUAGAGGUGGGUGUCAGCAACCGAGAUCGGCCUCGUCCUUACAGACGACUGACUUCAACCGGAGACAAGCUUCACUGCUACUUUUGUAAGACGUGCGGAACCCGCCUCGUCCACGCUACACCCUCCAAGAAUGUCGUCUCCGUCAGAGGCGGCUGCAUCGAAGGCCUAGACUGGUCGACAGCCAUACACCUAUGGACAAAGUCCGCCAUGGUGCCCAUUCCCGAGGGCUGCGAGACCCAUUCGGAAAGCUCGCCCAGCACGGAUUAUGGCGAGACUCAAGAGGUACUGGACCAACCCGGGGAUCUAGCCUGCAGCGGAUAG